GGAGCUGCGGGCGUCUCUCCGUCUCCCCCGUGAACCGGCGGCGCGAUGGCGGCUGCGGCGGAGCGCGUCGACGAGCUGGUGCGGGAAUACUUGCUGUUCCGUGGCUUCACCGGCACGCUGAAACAACUGGACGCGGAGAUCAAGGCAGACAAGGAGAAAGGCUUCCGGGUGGACAAGAUAGUGGACCAGCUUCUGCAGUUUGUUCACAGCUAUGAUCUAGCUGCCCUUCGAGAGUACUGGAGUUAUCUCGACAGACGCCUUUUCAGUCGACUGGAGGAUAUGUAUCGACCUACAGUGAACAAGCUGAAAAUCAGUUUAUACCGGUAUUAUCUCAUUCAUGCUGUGCAGACAAACAGAAAUGACAAGAUACAGGAGUUCUUUCUCAAACAAGCUUCUGAACUUCAAAAUCAGACUGAAUGGAAGGACUGGUUUGUUCUGCCUUUUAUCCCAAAUCCAGAUGCAAACCCUAUCUUUGCUAUGUAUUUUUCCCGUCAGUGGGUAGACGUUUUCAUUGUUUCUCUACAUAACUUCCUCAGUGUUUUAUUUCAGUGCAUGCCUGUGCCAGUGAUUCUGAACUUCGAAGCAGAAUGUCAGCGGAACAAUAUCCUGCAAGAAAAAAAUGAAAUCCUGUGUCAAAAGUUGUUUGCUUUGCAAGCAGAGUACUCCCAUAUGAAAAAAGAGGAACAGCAGCAGGAGGAGGAGGAGGAGGAUGAUUUGAUGCUUCAUCAUAAGCUUCCUUCAUAUGUGGUCAACAUGGACCAUCUGGGGGACUCAGAGCUUGACUUGACAUGCAGCCAAAGGAGCACUGCACACUCUCUACAGGCCCGAGGAGGAUUUCUGUCUUCCUUGCUACCUCAGAGCAAAAAGGGCCCUGCUAGAACAACCCAGCCAACAGGAGCCAUCUCAGCACAGGCAGGAACAACACAAGGAAACAGAAAAGAGCUGUCAAACCACCAGAUCACCAGAGGGAAAGAGGCAGCAAUUGGAGGCAAGGAAUCAAAAAGCUACUUCAGUGGUAUGGUUGCCACGGAGCCUAGCUCAGUACAACAGAAUCAGAGACGCAUACAGGAUCAUGGAAAGGAAAGGAAAGAGUUGGGACCCAAAAUAACUUUCCAGGUACUGCAGCUAGUGUGUCUUGUGUGGAUAGGACAAUUUCUCCCCCUCUCCCGCCCCCAGCAGUAUUUCUGAGUGCUGUGAACUAUGUGUUGAUAUUCUACUGUAACCAGCUGAUUGUUGUAAGGGAAAAUGUCCCAUGAAGUCUGAACAGUUGCUUAUUUGUUUGGUGUUUUUUUUUAAUGAGUCACCU